AUGUUCACGAUUGGCCUGCUGCAUACGAUGAUUGUGUGGAUCAAUCGUGACUUGCAUUACUAUCUGAUGUAUGAGUUGCCAGCACUAUUCGACCGAAUCGACUCGUUGGCUGCGGAUAACUUUGUUGUAUUUGUCAUCAUUUCUAUGGCUUCUUUUGUCAAGUGGAUAGAGAUUGAUAUACCUGGUGCAUCGACUCGACUGAUACACAAUCGAGACUAUGUCUUUGUUGAGGCUUCUGGCAUCUUAUGUCUAAAGAAUGGAGAACGGGUAGGGUACCACAUAUACCACUCGGUAAACUUUCCACAGACACCCGACUUGCCGCAUCGCGUGCGUGGUAACAUGUCCUUUAGUUGUAUUUUUCGUCAAGAAAACGAUCGUACCGAUUGUCGAGGCACAAGAUUUAUGGACCCUGGAGGUGAUAUGAUUCGAACGAUGGCUGUCAUGGGGAUGGUACAAGCUACAAUAGCAGGAUCCAAGUAUUCGUACUGUGGUCAAAUGAAGAAGUUAACGUGGCUUGUCGAACAAAACCACAAAAAGGAGCAAGUCGCACAUGCUUUAACGUCCUCUUUGUAG